GUUCCCAAAGACAAACCAAACAACUUUUACAAAAUCAACCAUUAAUUGCAAAGCUUUCCCACAUAAAGCCCUGAAAAUAUAAACCACAUAUGAGGAGAGACUUAUAGCUAGGGUUGUUAUACUCAUUAACAUGAGUAUAAGGAGCUACCAUGAAGCUCCAACCUUCAUUGAAUGGCUCAAACCAUCUUCAUCACCACCCUCUUCUUCUUCAUCUUCAUCUUCCAUUUUAACUGAACAAGUUCACUUCUCAAACACCAUGAGCUUCCUCAAACUACCUCUCUUUUACCAUCAUCAACAACAACAACAAAGACAAGAGAAGGACGAUAUUGCCCUUGAAACGAUCCAAUGCCUGCCUCUUCUGAGCAGGCUAACGGAGGCGAGGCCACUGAAGGAAGAAGUGGAAAAGGAGGAUUUUGGGAUUAAAUCCGAGAAGUUUGAGAAAGUUAAGGUGGCCCUGCACAUAGGAUUGCCUAACACAGGUGAGUCAGAUGUCGAGACCAAGUCAUUCAAAUGCAAGGAUGAAGAGAACAAAGAGAAAAGAUUUAGUGGCGACAAUUUUAAUGCGGAGAGUAGAUUUUGGAUCCCAACACCGGCGCAGAUCCUCAUAGGGCCGAUGCAGUUUGCUUGUUCUAUAUGUAGCAAGACCUUCAAUAGGUACAACAACAUGCAGAUGCAUAUGUGGGGACAUGGAUCCGAAUAUAGAAAAGGACCGGAGUCGCUUAGAGGAACACAACCGGCAGCAAUGCUAAGGUUACCAUGCUACUGUUGUGCCCAAGGCUGCAAGAACAACAUAAACCAUCCUCGAGCGAAGCCAUUGAAAGAUUUUAGGACACUCCAAACACACUACAAAAGAAAGCAUGGUUCAAAGCCAUUUAUGUGCCGGAAAUGUGGGAAAACAUUUGCAGUCAAAGGGGAUUGGAGGACACAUGAGAAGAAUUGUGGGAAGCUAUGGUAUUGCACUUGUGGUUCCGAUUUCAAACACAAAAGAUCACUCAAGGAUCACAUAAGGUCUUUUGGGAAAGGUCACUCUCCACACCCUUCUCUUGAAGGGUUUGAAGAUGAGAAGGAAUGCAUUACUGGGUCUGAAGACGAAAUGGCUCAUGACUAGUCAGUUAGUCAUGACCUUUGCUUCAUAAGCUUUCGAUAAAAGAAUUUUAUUAGUAGUGAUGCUGAAAUUAAGUUUAGGAGGGCUUAUCCAAGCUUGUGCUCAGUAACAAAAAAUUCUCAAUAUAGGGAGCGGUUUGUUACGGAGCACUUGCUGAGUGAUGAGCGGUAAUAAUUUGCGAUGUUUGCUAAUAAAAAUGGAUUUGACUUGGAAGUCGUGGUGAAGCCGAUGAAUUUUCUUCCUUUCUUAGAUGUGGAAAGAAGUUUAUGAUAUGUUCUUCAACCUUUUGUAAUCUCCCUAAUGGAGAAAAUUUGUCUGCUUCAUUGCUCUUGGUAAGCUUAAUGUAAUCGAGAUUGUAUUGUUGCUAGUUAUUACCCUCUGUGUGUGUGUGAAAACACAAGAUUAAUUGGAAAAUUCAAUUAUCUCAUGAUUAAUCCA